AUGUUCCGGAACCGUUCGAAGAGCAACGACUCGAAACGGCAGAGCUCGAAAGAUCGAGCGCGUGCCGACCAUUUCACAUUCGACUACGAUUUAUCAGUGAGCACAAAAACCGAGUGGGAGGUUUUUCAGAUUUCUUUCAGAAUGUGUGCAAUCAUUUGGAGGCUCUCAUGAAUGCUUCUCGCUACGGAAACACGGAUCUCAUUUACAAAGUGAGAGCUUUCGAGCUCUGGAAAUUGCCUUUUUUUUCAGCUGUACGUGCACCACAUCGAUCUGAAAAUGACUGACGAAUCAGGGAACACGGCGAUGCACGUGGCAGUUAUGAACAACCAGCAAAAGGUGGUCCGGAUGCUCGUCGUGCUCUGCGCACCGUUCGAAAUAUGGAAGGUGAAGAACGGAAACGGACUGACUUCCAUCGAAUUGUGCACCGACGAAAAGUUGUUCCUCUUUUUCUCCGAAUGACAUUGAGAAUCGAUAGAAUUCAGAAUCCGUGCCGACUUCCACAACCUCGACAGUCCGCCGUCGCCGGCUCCAGACGGAUUCGUCGACGUCGACCACUACUACAACGAUCUGCUCGUGGAGGGAAAGAAGACGUGGAAGGAGGAGGAACGCGUGCUUUUGUCGCUGGACGGAGGCGGCAUUCGCGCGGUUAUCACCAUUCAAAUGCUCAUUCACAUCGACCAAAUGCUCGACGGAAAACUCGUCGAAAAGAUUGAUGACGUGGCGGGAACGAGUUGUGGAGGAGUCAUCGCACUUCUUCUCUCUACCAACAGUUGGGAAAUGAAACAGAGAGAGAGAGAGAGAAAGAUGGGAACGGAUGUUUUCAGAUCGGAACAUCGAAGAGACGCGCAAGUUGCUGCUCGACAUGAGAGAAAGAGUGUUCGCACGCGGGCAGGACAAGGGAGUGUGGCCCAAGUACAGUUCCAGCGGAAUGGAGUACAUCGCCCGACAUGUGACGACGUGGGAAGACUCGAAGAUGUCGGUGAUCAAGAGACAGCGGGCGAUGGUCACUGUGGCCGACACUCGGAUGGUCCCUCCGCAGCUGCUGCUCUUCCGUUCGUACCGUCCCGAAAUGCCCGAAGAGGCCAGCGAACAUUACAAAUUCUUUGAUCCGACGAAAGUGGAACUGUGGAAGGCCCUCCGAUGCACCACGUGAGUUCUCUCUUUUCCCUCCCGUCUGAAUGAAUGCUCCGUUUCCAGUGCGGCUCCGUUCUUUUUCGAGUCAUUCAACGGCCUUUCGGACGGCGGACUCAUCGCGAAUAACCCGACUCUCGCCCUCAUUUCUGACUUUCUUCUCACGAACAAACUGGAGAAGUCGUUCGCGAAAACGGAAGAGGAAAGGGCUCAGAAGGGAAAUUGGAAGAUCGGAUGCGUGAUUUCGCUGGGAACCGGAGUGUUUCCGACUGAAAAGAUCGACGGAAUCGAUCUCAGUUUGCCGCAUGUCGUAAGUUUUUACCAUGGAAUUGGAGGUAUUUACGAGUUCAGAAAAACCCGCUCAACUUCGCCAAGUCUUUCUAUAAAGCCAUUGGAAACACGAGAAACUUGUUGCAUUUGCUGGUCAAAGAGGUGAGAAACAUCUGGUAUAUUCUGUAGAAUUCCUUACGAUUCAAGUGCACAGCUUCUAAUGGUCAGCCGGUGAAAUACGCGAGGGAAUGGUGCCAUUCGAUUAACACGCCCUACUUCAGGUUCCUCAAGAAUCCUCAUCUGAUACCCUAACCUAAAGACUGGUUCCAGAUUCUCUCCGCAUUUGUCGCAAGGCAUUUCGCUCGAUGAAAUCGACCUGGCGAAGGUGAUGCAAGUGAUGUGGGAGACCGAACUCUACGUGGCUGCCCAUCGCCCCCAAUUUGUGAAACUUGUCAAUUUCCUCGCCACGAAACCGAGACGAGAAGUGAGAAAACAUUGCUACUUCAUAAGUAUUUACAUUGCUUUUCUAGGGAUUUGACCCGUCUACAUCUUCCCGAGACUCAGAACCAAUCGACCAUUCGGAGGCAACGUCUCUCAGUGAAGCGACUACGACGGAAACUGAACGUCACUAA